AUGGAAGGAUCAACUAAAAUAUUAUUAAGUAACAAUGGUCAUCAACACAAUAUUGUUGGUAUGAAAAGAAAAUCAAUGACACCAACUAACAACAACAAUCACAUGCUCUCAAACAAUGGUAACAUGAUGUCCUCAUAUAUGAAUGGUAAUGGAAUGAACCAUCACUCAUAUUCAAAUGGAAACAACUCUUGGCCAACCAUUGUAUCAAAUAAUUCAAACCCAACAGGUAAUAUAACGCCAGUUGGUGUAGUAGUUCAAUCCUGCUCAAAAUGUGGAGGUAAAAAAAGACAUUCGAAAACAUGUAUAUAUAGAAGAGAAGAUGAAGGAGAUGCUAUAGUACCAUCAAAAGAUGUUAUUCAAAGAUUAGAUGUCGCUGCAUUAAAAAGAUACAAAAAACAUUAUAGAUUAAAAACAAAGCAUAAUUCAUCAAAAGCAGAACUUGCCAGUAUUGUUAGAUCUCAUUUCGAUGGUUUACCAGUUAACGAAGGGGAAAUUAUCGAAAAUUUUAUGUUUAAAGUUAAAAAUGUGCCAACAAUUUAA